ACGCACCCUGUGUCGAUUAUGGCAUCGAUACACCCAACAAAUCUGGAAUAAUCGAUUCGAGUAAAUGCCCGACAAAUCCUGAUCGGUAAACUGUAUUAACGGAUACUUUGACGCGACUAGCAUGUUGCUUUUGAUAUUAUCUUUUAAUUCAAAGCAAUACAAUGGAGAAUGGUAGCGUAUAUGAUAAAAUAUACAGGAUACACGAUGUCGGUAAUCGAUAGACGCGUUACACGGUGGGCGGAUCGACUCCCGUCAAGCCGGACGGGGACGGUGUCAUGGUCCUGUUGGACGCGGCCGCCGCCUGACCCUCACAGUCCCCCCCCGCUGCGUUCCCCGACGGCCUGGCGCGCACGACACCGCGGCCAUGCAGAAGAUAAAGUCGCUCAUGAGCCGGCAGGUCUCCAAGAGUUUUUCUGAGAAUUUGAGUGAAAGUGCAUCACAACAUGAACCUCCGAAGACUCCACACAAGGAGGAGCUGCCAGAUACCCCUUGUAACCCCGAGGCAGAGCAGGAGGUGAUCGACAGCAUUGAGAAGGUCUACUUUGACGAUGAGGCCUUCGACCCCGUGCGAUAUGAGCUGGAGAAGCUGCCUGAGGUGAUGCAGCUGGCCGAGCUGGAGGAGUACCGGGACAGGCUGAAGCGGCAGCAGGCAGUGGUGUCCAAGAAGGUUGCUGACCUGAUACUGGAGAAGCAAUCAGCCUAUGUACAGGAACUCAGCAGGGUGACCGAGCUGCAGACCAGCUUGCACGAAGCCAAGGCCAUCUGCUGUGAUGGGCGGCGGCAGCUGGGGGUUGCCCAGCAAGGCUUCACGGCUGCCAGCCUUGGCCUGCUCGCCAACCAGCGCAAGCGGCAGCUCCUCAUCGGUCUACUGAAGUCCUUGCGCACCAUCAAGACGCUGCAAAGGACAGAUGUCCGACUGAGUGAGAUGCUAGAGGAAGAAGAUUUCCCUGCUGCCAUUCAGCUCUGCCUCGAGUGCCAGAAUGCUGUCAGUUCAUUCAGCCACUACUCUUGCAUCAGUGAACUCAAUUCAAAGCUUCAGGACACCUUGGAGCAAAUUGAGGAACAGCUGGACGUGGCAUUGGCCAAGACAUGCAAGCUGUUCGAUGUCGUGCACUAUACCAAGGUGCAGACGGCGUACCGACUGCUGGACAAGACACAGACUGCCAUGGACCAGAUGCACAUGCAUUUCACGCAGGCCAUCCACAACACAGCCUUUCAGGUGGUGCUUGGCUACGUGGAGCUGUGUGCUUCCGGCGCUGACACCCGCUUCCACAAGCUUCAGUACAAGGACCUGUGCUCGCACGUGACCGUGGACAGCUACAUCCCCUGCAUGACGGACCUGUGCAAGGCGCUCUGGGAGGUGAUGCACAGCUACUACCAGACCAUGGAGUGGCAUCGCGAGCAUGACGGUGAGGUGUCACUCCCAGAGGCGGAAGAACGAGGCUUUGAUCGCAGCUAUGUGCAAAAAAAGCUGGAGCACGGCCUUACUCGUAUCUGGCAGGAUGUUCAGCAGAAGGUCAAAACCUAUAUCCUGGGAACCGACCUGGCGCACUUUAAAUAUGACGACUUCAUAUUUGUGCUGGACAUCAUUAACCGGUUGAUGGAUAUUGGCGAUGAGUUUUGCAGCAGCAAGUCAGAGGGUCUGCAGGAGUCCAUCCGGAAGCAGAGCCUCAACUAUUUCAAGAACUACCACAGGACUCGCAUGGAAGAGCUGCGAAUGUUUUUGGAGAAUGAGGCAUGGGAAUUGUGUCCUGUGCGCUCCAACUUCAGCAUUUUCCAGCUGCACGAGUUUAAGUUCCUAGCACAGGGCCGAGGAGGCAGUGUCGGUCUGGUACCCACGGCCUCACCCAGCAAGGUGGCAGCCACUCCUGGUGCCACCCCUACGACCCCCGUGAUUGGAAGCUUCCCCUCCCACUGCAACCCCUUUGAGAGUCUCCGGCAAGACCAGGACGACGACUCGGAUGACGUGCUCGCAGCCAACGGGUAUGACUCGGAAGAAGGAGAGAAGAGUCCGUACCAGGAUGAGGACAGCGACAGCGACAUUGCUGACGAGCUCAAGAGGGACUUUGUGGACGAGCAGACUGGAGAGACACCUGUCAGGAGCGUUUCGAAGGACUCUGUACGAGUGAAAAGAAAAUCGGAGUCACACUACAGCUUAAACAAGAUGAACGCUCCCAUUCUUGCCAACACCACUCUCAACUUCAUCCGCCUCUUCGGGAGGUACCUGCAGAUGAUGAGCGUGCUGCAGCCAAUCGCGUUUGACGUGGUACAGUACAUGUCGCAGCUCUUCGACUACUACCUGUACGCCGUGUACACAUUCUUCGGACGCGAGCACAUGUUCGAGACAACAGGACUGGGGUUGAUCAGUAACCGCUUGCGCACAACCCUCAAUCGCAUCCAGGAGAGCCUCAUUGACCAGGAGGCUCAGACAGACCCUGUGGUGAGUGUGCCAGAAGAGCGAAGGGAGAAGGUGCCCUGCCCGCACCUCAGCCGGCUGGUGGACUUGACACGCACGGAUACGCUGUAUGGUCUCUCGGAAAGGAUCGUUGCCACCGAGUCCCUGGUGUUCCUGGCGGAGCAGUUUGAGUUUCUUCAGAACCAGCUCGAUGCUAUGAUCCCUCAAGCCAAAAAGCCCUUCCUACAGCAGUUCUACUCUCAGACUGUGAGCACGGUGGGCGAGCUGCGCAAGCCGGUCUACUGGAUGGUGGCGGCCAAGGCCAUCGACUACGAAAAUGCGCUGCUGCUCAUGGCCGGCGUCAAGUGGGACGUGCGCGAGAUUAUGUCACAGCACAGCCCCUACGUGGACUCGCUCCUCAAGGAGUUUGAGGCGUUCAGCAGGCGACUGGCAGAGAUAUCCAAGAGAGUUCGCAUCCCCGUGCCGGUCUCGAACGUACUGUGGGAGCAUUGCAUCCGCCUAGCAAACCGCACCCUGGUGGAGGGAUUCGCGAGCGCCAAGAAGUGCAGCACGGAGGGACGAGCGCUCAUGCAGCUCGACUUCCAGCAGUUCCUGCUCAAGCUGGAGCGACUCACAGACCUCCGUCCCAUCCCAGACAAGGACUAUGUGGAGACGUACAUCAAGGCCUACUACCUGACCGAGGGGGACAUGGAGCGCUGGAUCAAGGAGCACCGGGAGUACUCGUCCCGGCAGCUGAACAGCCUGGUGAACGUGUGUGUGGGAACACACAUCAACAAGCGCGCCAAGCAGCGCCUGCUCACCGCCAUUGACGAGUCCGAUCGCCCCAAGCGCUAGUGCCACGCACCACCCCCCCCCCCCCCCCCCCCCCGCUCCGCAGGUUGCGUCUCGCACACUGGGCUGAGCAGCACGACUUGCACCUGCACCUCGUCCCGAGGACAGGGCUGGAAAGGGGCGCACGUGCACAAUGCUUUGUUCUUCCAGCACAAUGGUUUGUGCACGUGCGUGUAUGGUGAGGCGCUGUGCUGUGGAUGCGUGAAUGGUGGCGCAUCAUGCGGUGUGUGUGUGCGUAUGUUGGUGCGCUUGCUGCGAGUGCGUGCUUGUGGUGGCGUGUGAGUGUUGAUGCACCUGUGUAUGUGGAGGCUGCACAUGCUGGUGAUGUGCGUUAGUUGCACUUGCCGAGAGUCUGAGUUUUCCUUACAAUCCCAUCUAGCAGAAGACUUGUCAGAUUAUAUAAUAACUUAAAGCUUUGCUUUCUGCGUCCGUCCAUGUAGUGGGUUUAUUGUUAUUAUUUUUCCACGCAGUAUGGCUGUUGAAAGUUUAAGUGGGAGAAAUGCAAUUUGCUCAGGUGAAAUGGGAAAUAAAAUAACUUUUUUGGGCUCUCCAGUGGCACACAACGGUUCGUGUGAUUCAUAAUUUCGGCCAAAAUUUUUGUUGCAAAAACCCUCCACCACCCGAUGCAGCCAAACAAAUUCAAUUGUCAUGUCAACAAACAAUUAACGUGAUAAUUAUCUUUGUUUUAGAUCACAGGUACGUCAAAGAACAUUUAGCACAACCAAAUGUGAAAAUAGAUGUAUUUACUCGCUGAAGUUUGGUGAUAAUUGUUGAAAAUUUGGUAUUAAACUCACUGGUAAGCUGAAACUGUAAUAAUUUGCGUGUUAAACGUUUGCACACAGAUGUCAAUUUAAUAUGUUUGGGCAUUUCUGGUGGUGGAAGGUUUAGACAACACAAAUUAGGUCGGGUCGUUCUGUGGUCUGACCCCAAAAAAUUAUUCUGAAUCACAAUAUCGGCUGUAAAAGCUGAUGUGCUUCAGUUGGUGGACCUGUUUUUAUCAUCUUUUUAAGAUCUCCGCGUGUAUUACGAUGGGAUAAACAAUUUGUGAAUUACAUGGGAAUACAUUUUUGUUAAAAUGUGGCCAAAAUGUACGAUCUCAUGGAAGAAAUGCACCCAUCUUCGCGAAAUGCGGAGUUUCUCCCAGAGCCUUGUUUUACAUCAACGGUUGUGCUGUAUAUAACUUUCCCCAGUGCAUAUGAACAUGGACUGCUGUCAGAGUAAUGAUACAUAGGCACAAGCAGUUUGUUUGGGUAUGGUGCCUAUAAUCCAAUGACUUAUGAGCAGGGUUAGUGGAUCAUGUCGAUAUUAUGGUGUGUAGCCGUAAGGCACCUGGAAAAGCACUCGAAAAAGUGCAUUUCUCACUGAUCUGCUUCAAGUUUGAGUGUUCUUCGCUCAUUUGCGUGGGUUGUCUUCAGCCUCUUGAGUUUCCUGCCACGCACAAGAAUUUGCAAUAAGACAUUGAUCAAACAUGCUCCGCAAGAGCUUUGUGAUAUUUUAUUCUUGAGACGCAGUGAUGCUUUCCUGGCCAAAGCAUUACUUUCAAUGUCUGUAUUGCAAUGUAUUUGUUGACGUGUAGUUCGUGGUCAGUGUAUUGGUGCGCAUCCAGUGGCUGCAGGAAAACACUAGGAGCAAAGUUGAACUGCUUUGAUGGCUGAUGGCAAAACAUAAAUUGAGGAUUUAAGAAACUUUAACAAGUGUUAGAAGUAUAAAAUAAAUGUUGUAUCUUGAUGAGAUGGGACCACGCCUCCGAGUCUGUUGUCGCAGUUUGAAGCGUGCAUGAAUAAUUUUACGAGCUUCAUUGCAGUUCAUUUCACCAGCUUCACAGCCAUCGCAACCUGUCUCAGUGAAGCAAACAUCGGUAGGCAUGUAGUGAAUCCUAUGGCGAGCACAACACUAUGGCAUAGUCAAAAUAAUGAAUGGCAUUACAGUACUUACAAAAUAGGAGCAAACCAGAGAAUUGUCUGGGAAAUUUCGAACUAUUUAAAACGGCACAUUUCCAAGUUUUUUUAUCGAAAUGAAUUUACUUGAGGCCAUUGCUUGUACCUGAGACCUCUGACACAGAUCCCAGGUGGGGAUGUUGAUCUCAGCUGACAACUAGCUGCAUGUGCCUUGUUUACUCUGAUGUCUGGUGUACAAAUAGGAUGCACUUGUGCCCUGCUCGGCUGCAUUGACAGUGCAUGUAAAUUGUAUAAUCUAUGAAAAUGCCCUUGGUGACCCAUGUUGACUGUCAGACUGCAUCAACCCAACAUGGAGUAAUGCGGAGGUGGUGUGGUAUUCACUGGUUGUAUGCAAGCAAGGAGCAUGCAGAAUGUGACAAUAUCUAACGAGGACAGUUGGUAUUGCAGGAUGCUUUGUGCUGAAACUCGAACGUUCACGGGUCAUACAAAUCAAACAGGUUCCACAUUACUAAUUCAUUACUUUGGUUACCUUUUUACUGGACUGCGUGUGAAUGUGCAUACUGUAGUGUGUGUUUUUGCGGGGGUGGGGUGGGGGGCGGAAGGCGGAUCUUGUCUUUGUUUAUUUGUGUGUGUGUGUGCUUAUGUGUCUGUCCGUGCGGUCAAGUGACCCCUGGAUCACCGCGGUAUUCACACCUGAUUUAUGGUGGGGGCUACUGCCCACCCCAAAGACCUCCCGAGACAGCUGGCUGAAGUCCACAGCCACUGACUCCAAACAGCGUGGAGCGGAUUUGGGACUUAACAAUCUAGCACCUUUGAGACUGCCUGCUUCGUAGAAUGUGUUUCAUGCGCCGUGCGAAGCUUCUCAUUCGCUGAGCACAGCGCAAUGGGAGAACUACAAGCUUAGCUUUUGAGUCCAAUUUGGAACGACAAUCUGAGUUCCCUCCACACAGUGCCCAACGGACAGGACUGGGACGAUGAUGAUGAUGAUUUUUGUAUCGUGGAUGGGCGCAGAAAGCGGUACUCUUUUGACUGUGCACCACAUGCGCAGGAGGAAAUUAGGACAUGCACUCGGGUGGAUGAUUGCAGUUUUGUUGUUGUCGUUUUCCCUCGCUUAGUUGCUCUUAAGUUAAAACAAAGGCUUGUUAAAAUAAUUAAAAACUAGCGCAGAUUUUCACUGACCCCUCCCCCCCGGUAGGUAACUAUUUGCGACCAGAAAUGAAAGCAGCAAACGCUAAUGCCUGUGGGAUUUUCAAUCCAAGGCAGUCUGUAUAUCUUGGACUUUUUUACGUGAAACAAUUCGUGUUUAUGUGUGAAUAACAUUCCAGAUUAAUAUAGGGAGUGUUAACACAUAUGUGAAAUUGUUAAACUGUAUAUUUGUGAUCGGGGUGAAUUAUGGGUAUUGCGGGAAAUUGCAAAUGGUAGAAGGUUAUACAUUUAUUAACGGGUGUGUAAUUAUUCAAGUGCGUAAUGGCAUCUGCUAUUAAACAUCUCUAACAUGUAAACAAUACUACGGUGAUACAUCGAUGAACUAAUUGUACUUACUAGUUUGUGAAUAUGACAGCAUUUGUAGCUGCUACAUCAUAGUAAUGAACAAUUGGUAAUGGAACAACAUUCAAUGUUGUGUACAUCUUAAGAAGAGGUAGUGUUUUGCCUGACAUUGCUCCAACAUUUGUAUUUGGGCCCGUUCACAUUGACUUACAUCGGAUGCCUUAUUCUUCACAAUGUUAUCACAAUUAAAAUGUAUCUUGUCUGCAAAAUGAUCAUGUACAUUUUGUCUCAUUCCACUGAUCGUCAAGUGCAUUGGCAUUCCAAUAACGAUGUUCAGUUCUAGGUAAAGGCUAUGUAACAAUAAAUACAUUUUCAGCAA